GAUCUCCUUUGAAUUUCACCUAAAAUGCAGGGAUUAGUAAUUAUUGUGACGAGUAAACCAAAACGAUCAUAAACGAAGACAAAACACCGGAACAUCUUUUUCAAAUCAACGUUAGAAAGGGGCGAAUCAUCCCUUCGUACAAUUGCUACUUAAAUAUAGUUCUAAUGUUGGAUCUGUUUCCAAAAUACCCUCGCAGCAUCAGGGGGUUGGCGCCGCGCGUCGUCGUCGUCGUUCGAUUUUCGCACCCCCGUCGGUGCAGAUGGCUCUCUGAUCGCGUAAAAUAACCACCCCCGCGUUCCUUCGCCCCAUCGGCAUCGCCGACGCGUAGAAUCUGCGACCCCUGAAGCGACGCGAGUUCGCAGAUUGUUCGCAGUCGAACGUCAGGACGAGUUCAGUGGUUCAGUGGGCGGCUGGGGUCGGGCAGGGAUGGAGCCGUCUCGUGUUCCCGGAGGACCUGCGCCUCGACUCGGUUUUCUGUUGGCCACGUUGGCCCUCACCAUGGCAGCUACCGGUAUGUUGUGCGGUGCGAUAAUGUCCGAUCACUGGGAGGAGGUCACUUGGGACAAGGAAGUUCUUAUGGGACUGGCCAACAUAUCAACCCCCACAUGGUACCUCGACGGACAGAUAGCCAUGCUGGAACCGCACCCUGGACACAAGCAUCAUUAUUUUCACAAGCAGCCGGCUUUCCUCGUGCCGAUGCACGGGGGUAUUUGGACGCUCUGCGUGUCGCUCACUGAGGAAGAAAUUCAACUACUGGGUCAGGUCGGCUUUCCGCAGGAUAAAUGCAUCAAUUAUUUAACCCCCGACGAAGCGCACGAAGAGAUUCGAGCUACGUGGCAAAACAGAAUGCAAAAUCUGAGCAUAUCCUGUUCCCUGGUUUGCCUGAUCGUGCUCACAUGCGCGGCCGUUGUUGGGAUCUUCGGUCUUUGCAGGCACCAGAUAUCGGCGGUGCUCGUUACAGGAGUUAUGUAUCUUUUGGCAGCGACAUUCGCCCUGUUCACCCUCACGAUAAUCCACUUCAAGCGAGCCCAAGACCGGGGGACCCGUGUGCUGGACGGUCCGGAGGAUGGGGUGGUGGGAGGCCCCGUGCCAAAGAGCGUUUUGAAGGCCCGCAGGUUCAUAACAUCGUGGAGUUUGGAUUUCGGAUGGGGUGGGGUGACCCUCUGCGCUCUGGCUUCGGUCGCGUGGAUUUUACUCAGCAAAAUAAUGCGGUUCAGUCCCAUAGCCGCCCUGAUUGCGUAGCAGUGGGAGGCCUUUGAGGUUUGAGAUCGACCCGGAAACGGUAACGGUAACGGUAACGGAUGCGUUAGAGCUGGAUGCAGGAAAAUCGGAUGCCCCAUUCGACGCCAAAAAAUCGGUCAAGCGAUUGAAAUGCUGUGAUUCACCCCUGACCACAGCCACGUGCGCGCACGUCUUCUCCAUCGAUGUUUGUUCUAACGUAUAUAAAUAUACACGGUGCAUGUUCGAGGUUUUAUAUUUCGCGUUACUGUAGCCAAAAGGGUGAAUCAAAAAAAAAAAAUUUCUCUAAUCAACUUCAAUAUGCGUGAAAAGUACAAAUCUGUGGCACAAAUACAAAAAAAAACCUUUUUUUCUUCAUUAUUUAUACAUAAUUAUACAUUUUACUUAUAUUAAAGUUGAUUAGGGAGAAAAAAAAAUUUUUCGAUACGCUCUUUUGGCAUUGGUAACGCGAUUUAUUAACUACAGUGAAAAAUCAACCGACUCUAUCGUGUCUCGAGGGAUCGGGAGAAAAAUAAACCUUUCCACUUUUCCACGGGAUUUUUUGAUUCUUCUAAUCUUUGCGGGAAUUAACUGACUGUCGAUACACCAUUUGGGGAUAUUCGUUGAUCCGAGGGUAUUUUAAAUUUGGGAUUUUAGCGCGAGCAUUGAAAGGGAUUAUUAAUAAUCGUUAGCAGACAGGACUGCCUCGAAGGUCGCAUAUAAAAAAAUUAAAACGGAACUAAAAACAGAAAAAAAAAUAAUUGCGCCGACAAAUUUUGUCGUGCAAAUAUCACACGGUAACAUAAUACGUUACGACUACAAAUGUUCCAUACAAAAUGAUCGUUUACAAGGAUCAAUAUCGCGCAUCGAACAAAACCAAACACAUUCAUACUAUGUAGCUUUCCCUGAUAAUACAUGCUUCGCGCAAUAAUUGUAGUUGUUAGUAUUUUCUAUUUAACGCAUUUCGCGGUAAUAAAAGUAACGAAAAAAUACGCUAUAACGCUAACAUUAAAAUACUUACUUAGAAAAACUCAGUUUUAAAAACUGAAAUUGAAUUGAGAAAAAUAAAUGGAAGAAACUAAAAUGAAAAAAGAAACUUUGUUGCAUUAACGUAACGAAUUUGAACCCUCCCUCCAUUAUGUAUUGCUAACCAUGAUUAUACAUACUAUAUAUAUCUAUAAAUUUACUAAUCAAUGUACUCAGAAUAUCUUUACGCCAUAAUAUCCAAUAAUGAAUCUUUAUCUUGAAAAGAAAUAAAUUGUCAGGCCAAAAAUAUAUCCGGUGAUAUUUGAUUCUGAGAUAGGCAAUAUGCAACUAGGGUGAAAAUGUAGGAAACAAUAAUGUAUGGUCACCUACUAUGUUAUAUCGCCUCUGACAGUGUAACACAUGAACUGGUUCUAUUCGAGUCGUCGAUGAAUAAGUAAAAAAUUUGCAGGAACUCAAAUUGUAACUACAUCAAAGAAUGCAAUGUCGUGCAACGUUGAUACUGAGAAUUUUUUACUGGUAGAAUUAGGUAUUUGAAUGAAUAGCCGGGUAUUCUACUUUCCGUUGGAUCUCCAGUGUCAUUGGCCAACGAUUAGCUUUUAUAAUCAAGUGUAAUAUCUAGUAAACAAAAACGUCAUUCCAUAAGCACGUCCAGGUAUUCGAAUAGCCCUGAUUAAAUAGAGGGGAGAAUAAUUCGUCCAAUAUUUCAUAAGCCAUUGAUUAAAAUAUUUGAAGGGAAGAUGCAACGUGUCACGAUUUUAGAAAAAACGUGGUCUCUCCUCAAUCUUGAAAAACGGAAUGUGAUGAUCACGGUUCCUUUUUUUUUUCUCGAAUGAUUCGACCGCAGCUAUGAUAUAUUUGUACGUUUAUUCUACGAUCAACAAUGGAUAUGAUAGUACGAAUACAAUUUACUCACCACAAGUUUAAGAGCAUCGUGAUUACUGAUAGUUUAUGAUGAACAUUAAACAAGUAUUAUGACCGGCAAA